AGUGACGUCAGACCAGGAAGUGAAAUGAUCGCCGAUGGCAGGCAGCAGUGUGUAGCGAUGGGCUACCACAGCCACAACAACUAGCAGCUGGCUCGUUUUAGCCUCCGAAACCGGCGUGUGAAUGUAUUUGUAGAAGCGGUGCGCAAAGCUGUGUUGAGGAGCUGAAUGUGCGUCCAGUGUCGCUGAAUAUGACGCCGAGAUGACUCACCAGUGGCUUGGACAUCUGUGAUCCGAUAGAAAAUGAGGCUUGCUCAGUUUGUUAGACUUGUAAUUGCUACAACUUUAGCUACUGUAGUCACACAAACCACACUGACAUGGACGACAAACUACAGUGAAUCAUGAUUGUUGUUUUUUUGCACAUUACACCACUACAAUAACUGACAACAUAAUUAACAUAUUAGUUUCUUUUGAAUGGAUUUCAGUUAAAAACCAGUGCUGACGAUGUCACUGGGCGAGCAGUCUCAAAAGUGGUUUCCAACCCAUGUCCAAGCCACUGUCCUCCAAGCAGCAGGUUUACAGCCCAAGGGCAAAAAUGGCACCAACGAUGCCUACACCAUCAUCCAGCUGGGCAAAGAAAAGUAUUCAACGUCGGUGGCAGAGAAGACGCUCAACCCCGUCUGGAGGGAAGAAGCCUCCUUUGAGUUGCCCGGUCUUCUCUUGGAGGGCAACCCGGAAGUGUAUGAGCUCUGCCUUAUCGUGAUGCAUCGGUCGCUGGUCGGGAUGGACAAGUUUCUGGGUCAGAGGUCCAUCAACCUGAAUGAAAUCUUUGAUAACAAGGAGAGAAAGAAAACUGACUGGUAUUCCUUGGAGUCCAAGCCGGGGAAGAAGAGGAAAGAACGAGGUCGCAUCCAAGUGAGCAUCCAGUUCAUGAGGAACAACAUGACGGCCAGCAUGUUCGACCUCUCCAUGAAGGAGAAGCCCCGCUCGCCUUUUUCCAAACUCAAGGACAAAAUGAAGGGCCGCAAGCACGAGAGCGGCUUCGGCGACGCGUCCUCCGCCAUCUUGCCUCGCUCGGCCGCGUGCGACUCGGAGCCCAGCCGCCAGUCGGCCGCCUCGGAGCCGCGACCGCAGCCCGAAGCGAAGGCCAAGAGGCCGCUGCUCGCCGGGGCCCAUAAACUCUCCGCAGCCCAUUCCAUGUCAGAUCUCAUCGGCACCCACUUCCGACCCAAACUGGACUCCAUGAACUCGAUAGAAGAGAGUGGAAGCACAGGUGGCCCUCACCGGCGUUCCCAGAGCGAGGUGCCCGGCUACCAGGACGCCGAAGCACACGGUGACCCCUUCACUGAUAUCAGUGACACCCUGCCACAGAAGUAUGCCACGCUCCCACGCAACCGCAACCCGUUUGAGGGGGAGCAGGGGCAGCUGUGGGACCGGCCGGAGCGGAGGGAGAAAAAGGAGAAGGUCAGCCUACUGGAACGCGUGACGGGCAAGAAGGAGGGACGCAAGAACGGGGCACGGUCGGGGAGUUCUGGAGACCUGCGCUCCCCCAACCCCUUCAGCGGAGACUCGCAAGCGGACACUAACCCGUUCAGCUCACACUACAAAGCCGGCGAUAAAAAGUCGGGAGGAAAUGACGGCGCCGCCUUCGGCCAGAAGAAGAAGGACGUCUACGGAAAGAAAAACACGGCGACGCGAGAAAGCGUGGCCGCCUACAGCAACUUGUCCUUUGAGGAAGUUGUGCAGGAGCUCAUCAAGCAGAAAGAGGUGGUGAAAAAGAAAGACGCCCACAUCAGGGAGCUGGAGGACUACAUCGACAACCUACUGGUGCGCGUCAUGGAGGAGACGCCGAGCAUCCUGAGGACGCCCUACGAGCCAAAAAAGAAGGCGGGUAAACUUUCCAAGAAGUAGAAAGGAAAAGACGCGGAAUGAGACGUUACUAAUGAAGGUUUAGAAAUAGCUCAUGUGGGAACAGAUGGGACUGAUCAAAUUUGUGAUUGAGAGCAUUUUGAUUCGGUAGAUGUAGUUUUUAUAGACUCUUCUGUUUUAAAAUAAACAGGAAAAAAAAAAAGGUACGGGAGCAGGAGGAGUUAAUCAGUUUAAUUCAAGGCAAAUGAAUCCCAGAUUAUUUUUUAAUGUUUAGCUACAUCAUAUGCACUUGUGAACCCUCAGAGGUCUGUUGCACAUACAGUUGCCAUCAUCGUCGUCAUCAUCAUCACGUCUCUGUCGUGGAGUUCUCACGGCGCAAAACGCUGCCAAAUUUGUGUUUACCAGAUGCCGCAGUCGCGGUUCUGUGCUGUAUCUGCUGAAAGAUGGUCAAGUUGUUGAUGAGAUGAAGCUGUAGUUGCUGUGUUUACAAUCAUGUACGAAUCUGGAACUUGCCACCUAAACUACGAUACACAGAGGCAGCGUCUGCUCUUUUUUUUUUUUUGUUACUCAGAGCGCCUUCUCUGCUGUAGAUGUGGAAGGAUUCAAUUUGUGUGAUUCAUGUAUAUUCUUAGAAAGACUUGGACAAUUGUGUUAAGAAGAAACUACAGUGUCUGGCCUCAUUGAACAAAUCUACAUUCCUGUUAUCGGUUACUGACUUUGUUUUCUUUCUUCCAUUUGUGGUGACGAUCAGUUUGUUUUUUUAUUGGACCAAGUGUCACUCGCUGGAUAUUUUUACUGACUUUUAAGUGCAAUAAUCAUAUUCUGCUGUUAAUGAUGUUCUUGUUUACAUUUUAAUCAUGAUUCAUGGCUUAGUAUUGAUUUGAUUGAAAAGCUCUUUUGCUACAGACGCUACUGAUUCACUUUCUCCUCUUUUUAAAUAUAUAGCUUUUGUUGAAGAUUGUAUUAGUGGUACCCAAGUGCACAUGUGGAUAUAUGCUAACAGACUUUAUUUAUAAAUGUUUCAUAGCUCAUUUACAUUUAUUUUAUUGUUACUCUAAGGUACUUAAAGACGCUAGGGUACCUCCUCCCCGCACCACUACCUAGGAUCUACCGUCUUAACACAUUUAGUGCAAAUCUACAAAAACUGACCACUCAUUUGGUGUCAUUUAUUCUAGUCACUACACUAUUAUGUGUCUCAGUCUCUUUGUUUCCGGUUUUGAGGGGAGGUAGUGGUGACACAUGGCCGGUCUCUGCUGUGCUCACCUGUGUUUACUGUGGGUCAGUGCGUUAACAUGCACAGUUUAAUGCUUAAAAUUCAACUUUCUGAAUGCGGUCCUCAUCCUAGUUUACAUACAACGGAGGAAAUCGAUUAACUGACAGGAACAUGUUCUCCUCCUCCACACUAGGUGGCGAUAUGCGUCUUUUGGGUGGGUUAAUACGGCCCCUUUUCCGGUUACUUCAUAUAUUAAACAACCGGAGUAGUUCAAGCAGCAGACUGACAUUUAAAACAACAACAACUAGAUAAUAGUUUUUAAUCUCGUACGUAAUGUGUGCGCUACUUAUGGUGCAGAUAAGAUGGCGCUAUCCCUCAGGUGGUUCUACUACCGGCUCUGUUUACCUUCUUCUUCUUCUGCGACCGGCUUUCUUGGAUGUUUUUGCUCCAGGGUCAAACGUCAGCGCAGCGCAUUGUCCAGUUAAAGUCCGAUUAAGGCGUAUACAUGACGUGGAAAAUCGAUUUCCAUUAUCUGUGCAUCUUAAAUGGAUAAGGAGAACUCUGAUUUUAGUCGGACUAACGUGUUUACGUGCGCUUAAGUUGUCCAGUUAAAGUCAGAUUAAGGCAAUAAUUUGUUUUUUUCAUGUGCAUGUAAACGUACUGACUGAGUGUGGAGGAAGUGUGGACGGGUCUUGGACUCUGGCUCCCAUCUCACAACUUUGCGCAGCCCGUAUCCCCCGGAAAAUGGCGUCAGUUUGGCCAAUGGGAGGAAGUGGAAACAUGUCAUCCAUAUUUCUAUACAGUCUAUGCCAGAAAACCGUAAACGCUUCAUCAUGUACAGAGAGAAAAGACGUUGUGUAAAUAAGAUAAGGCUAUUUAGAUAGUUUAAUAAGAGAACAAGGUAUAGACUGGUUCUAUAGGAAAGUUAAAUGACUUGUAUUGUGAUCUGGCACUACAUAUAUAUAUAUAUAUAUGAAUAUAAUUAGAUAAAAUUAACUUCAAGGGAGGGCGUGUGGUGCUUUUGAGGGAGAUGGCGCACCCUAAUAUUAUGGUGGGGGCAGUGUUGCCAGAUAUGUGGUAAUUAUGGUAUUUAUAGAAUAGUUUGAGGGCCUAUACCGUAUAAUAAGUAAACUAUAUGAUAGGUUUCCAUUUGGCUGACAAUGAAGCCUGCCUCUCACCCCAUCUCUUGUUCAGUGACAGCUGGGAUAGGCUGCCGCCUCACCGGUCUGGCAACACCGGGUGGGUGAAACGCUACCGAACUCCAUCAAUUCCUCUUUCAAAAACAGUCCAGAUACCGACGUUGAAAUAAGAUAUGACGGUGUCUUACCAGUUCACUGAGUACUAAUGAGAAUCUCUUGAUAAUUGUUCAAGGUAAACAACCGGUGGAUUUCAUUUAGGUGACAAAUAACUGUUUGACAGCCCAUGUCAGAAGCUAACUGUCCUCAUUUCACUGUUUUGUCAUCUCGCGCGUCGCCUCAGUGUGCGUCGCUAAUGUCACAACAGCAUAUGUUGUUUCCACGUUCGACGGCUCUCCUUAAUUCUGUUUAUUUAUCUGUUUUUACCGCUGAAUGAACUACGGGGGCAGCUGGUACCAAAACUUAACUAAAUGUGUUUUAGUCUCAGACGGAGGCCUAGGUUCACUUAUUUAUGUGCUUGUGUUACAAAGUAAACAGUAGUGUAGUCACAUACUGAUGAUUAGGUUUACAUUUUUAAUAGUUUUUUUUUUUUUUUUUUUUGAAGGAAAGCAUGUAAAGUGUUAAACAUGCUUUGUUUUGACACAAUUGUUAAUGACACAUCAAACAUCUACGUCAGACAUCGAUCCCGCUCGUCUGCUGGGAUCAUUUUUCUGCUAUUUAUAUCCGUUUUUAAUUACUUUACAGUCUGAAAAAAAUGUUUGACCUCUACACUGUACGAUACCAAAUCACACGUGAGACGAACUGCUUCGCUGCACAUGUGGAAUGUCGACACUACUGUUCAUGAAUGUUGCACCACUACACAUUUUCUCACAUGUGUAUGUAUGUAUGCGUGUGUGAUCUCCUUUUGGACUUGAAGCCAAACUUUCCUGGUACUGAAUGUAUUCUGGUUGGCUUUGAAAUGCUUAAUUCUAAAAUGUAUAGUAAUAUACAGUACACUAACGAGGCCGUUGACCCCUCGCUUGCCUUUAAAGUAUUUGGUGUAUCCAAAGAGAUCAUUUCUUCUUCUUCUUCUUCUUGUUAUUAUUAUGGUUUAAUCAGGUAAAUCUCUUCAUUAUGGACAAGUUACUGUUGGCUACAUAUGGUUUUGUGAAAUGUUGCAACAGAUGUUGGGUCAAUUCUGUUGACAAAAAAAAAAGAAAAAAGAAAAGGUAAUCUGAUUUGCAUACGUACUGUAAUGCCAAAAAUGUUCGAAAUCAGUGCACCACUCACGAGUAUUAUGCGAAACUAAUUAAGAAGAUAUGUGGUCCAUUUUCCAUGACGGAAAAUAUCUUCUCACUGAUUGCCUUCCAACAUUAGCUGAAGUGCAAAUUCUCUGUUCUCAUGUUUCAGGCUUUUCCAACUGCUUUUAAUAGUCCACGUUGGUAGUUAGCCAGAUGUUCAUGGACCUUUCCAAGCCUUUAAUACUUCCAUUGUACAUACUGUAUAGCCGCAUUGUAGUGUUAACUUCUAGUGCUUUGAGUUUCUGCGCACUUCGCCAUGAUGUAAAAUGUAUUAAAAAAAAAAUGAAAGUGCUUCCUGGGGAUUUAGUCAGUCAGAGGUACAGUCAAAGUACAGCUGUGGCUAAGUCAGAUCAACUUUUCAAUUCAGAGUGGGAAUAAAAGUUUCAAACCUGAGGAAAAGUAUUCCCUUUUUAUUCAUUUCAGCUAAAUUUACACUGACUGUUUUUGAAUAUUCAGGAUAUUUUAACAUUUUUUUUUCUGUUGCUACGGUUCUCGUUGGCGAUGCAAAUGUGUGGAUUUCUGGCCGUGGCAUGUGUGUACACACAGAGAGAGAGGAACAGGUGAUUUACACUCGUGUCUACAAUAUGCCCCCGGGGCCCAUUGCUUUGCUGAAAUGAUGAAAUAACAAAAAUAAGGUCUGGGAACAUUUAGCGUUGAAUACAUUUAGACCCCCAGGUUGUUUAGUUCAAAUGGAAAACGGAGAGGGGGUGAGUAGUUCUAAUUAAUUAAUUUUGCCUGUCAUUUUUUCCUUUAGCUUGAUUGAUACAUUUGCUUUAUGCUUUAAUAUAAUUUGGUGCUUUGCUAGAUGUCACACGAAAAGACAAAUCUAAAUGAAAAGCAUUUUCAAAUCAUUUUCUGGCCCAACUGUGUGUCAAGGCAUACGUUACAAAAAAAAAACAAAAAAAAAACAUCAUUAUUGUACUUAGUCCAUGCCUCUUUGCAUAAUAUUUGUCACCCAAUAAAUGCCAGUGUUUUGAAUAUGCAAAACAUUCAGACCCCUCGGAGGCAAACGCUCCUAUUAAAGCUGUUAAUAUCGAUGGUGUUGGACAUGCAUCAAAGUCAGUUUUCAGUGUUGCAGGUGAUUGUCCGUCCUUUUCCUGAAUUAACGGCGCAGAUAUGUGGAGGUUUUUACCCUUGUUGUCGAAGCAUGCAUUGAACCUUUUGACGGAGAUGACAUAAAGCCUGAGUCGGAUCUCGCAAUCCUCCUCUGGCAGUCUUUUAAGUCUUUCACUGAUAAUGUGUUGCUGCUUUUGCCAUAGGCCACAUACAGCUGCCAGACACUAAGACUUAAGCUUCGGCUAAAUCCCCUGACGGUGCUUGUAAUGUGGCACGCACAGUUUCGAAGGAAAUGAUGACUGUGUUUAUAAAAGAUCUCGCCAGUUAGCGUAGCUCCUGGUUGCGCCUGGUGCACGGCGGCCGACGCGAGUAAACCGCCGAUGUUUUGUCAUUUCUGGACUGCACGUCGUAUUUUGAUUGAAGAACUGAUCUGAAAACCUUUAAUCCACUAAACUGGGUUAAUUUUUUUUAUCAAACCCUAUCACGACUUGUAUUGUAUUUAACUCACAAGUGUACACUUUUGUUAAUAAAUGUAAAGCUUUUUUUUUUUUUUUUGGUUUAAUUUAACACAAUGGCUAAUAUGCAAAACUUUAAUACCUGGAUGUUUGGAGACAAGAAUGUAUGUUGUUUUUUUUUUAUUAUUAUUAUUAUCAUUAUUACAGAUCUGAAAACACACUGAGCUGUUGAAGAUGUAUGUAAUGCGACAACAUAAUAAUGGUGACUGGAUGUAAAGUGCCAAAAAAAAAAAAAGCACUGCUUUAUAAGAAUUUGGUGACGCAUUUCUUAAUAUUCGCCCGUUCUCCAUGAGCUACAGUUUGUAAUGUUCAUUUUUAGAUAUCGUCGCCACCAUCGCGAUCAAAUUCCAACGUUUCACUGGAUGUAGCUUGAAAGGCAAGAGGCAAGAUUGUAUUGUCCUUUUCAAUAAACUCACUGUAAAUGGAAA